AUGGUCGCUGCCAAGAUCCUCCGCAAGAUUGGACCAGCGGGCAUCGGCUGUGUUCUUCACGAAGCAGAGAUCUGGAGUGGUGUCUCUGUCUGUAAAAACUUUCCGCUUUAUGGUAAGAAAAGUGACGACCCAUUUUUGCUAUUGCUUCAGUGCCAACAAGUGCUCUGUGAAAUUGUCGCAGAUUGUUUCUCUAUGGCGUUCCUGUUAUUGUGCUCAGGUGACGUGGAAACUAAUCCAGGUCCUACUACGCGUACUGAGGCAUUACUCGAGCUGCAGAAUUUGCCAUCAAAUCCUUCUGAGCAGACGGAAGUUCUUUUCCGGCUGUUAAAAGACCUUCAGGCUCGUUCUGUACAAUCUGCUAAGGGUCAGGCCGAGUUGGUUAACGACGUCAAGGCUAUUAAGGUUGGUCAAAAGAACAUCGAGACCAAAAUGGAAUGUAUCCAGAAAAGAUUAGACAACCUUGAAGAAAAAACAAAUGUUCUAGACCAUCUCCAUGAUGAAAUGACUGGCAUUCACGCGUCUGCUCAAGCCCAAACAACUCGGCUUGACUCUUUACUGAUGCGCGUUGACGAACUUGAGGACAGAUCGCGACGUAACAACCUCAUAUUUCAUGGCAUCCGUGACUCUCGGGAAUCGUGGGAACAGUCCGAAUCACGCAUAAGAGAAGCACUAACCGGCGUAAUCGGCAGCCUGCCUGACACGGCAAUCGAACGUGCUCAUCGCAUUAGUCACUACACGCCUAAUAAGCGUCGCUCAAUUGUAGUUAAAUUCACCAACGCGAAAAUAAAAGACAAAGUACUUUCUAUGCGCGCGCAGCUGAAAGAAAAGGGUAUUUCUACCUGCGAAGAUUUUUCGCCCGCCACCCGUCACGUCCGUAAAAAACUAAUUGAGUACGCUAAAAGCCAGCCCCAACCAUGCCCUUUCCAGUUAAGGUACACCAAACUAAUAAUGAAUAAAAAAGAGUUCGUCUAUGACCCGGCAACAGACACCGUCAACGAGCAUGCGCCAUAUGAACCACGAGAUAACGGCGGGCAUGCAAAUUCCCAGCACGUGCCCAGUUAG